AUGAGCCAGUGGCGCGCUCGCAUGCAUGACGAUCCUGGUUUACUUCGCGCUUGGGUGAAGCAUCGUGCUCGGGAUGAUGCUGAUCUUAAGCGCCCUGUUCCUGCGGCCACCUCUGGUGUUUUGGCGCAAGCCAUUCAUCCGGUUCGGAUCGUUGACGAGGCUGAGCAUGUGUGGAUGGACAAGUGGGGCCGCAAGCCUUCCUCGCAUGGCUGUGAUGCGGUCUCUAACCUUUUGUCUGCUGUGCCGGCUCUCCCCAUGUUUCAGGAGUGGCUGCCUGAUCUGUCUGGUGCUGCUCUCCGGCGGGUGGCCAUGUCUAUGAAGGGUAAGGCUGCGGGGCCCGACUCUUGGCGCAUCGAGGACUGGCUCUUGCUGCCAGAUGGGUUUUGGUGCUCCCUGUCUAGACUUUGGCUGCAAGUUCUUGCCUGUGGCGUCGUCCCGGCUCGCUGGUCUGAAGGCCAAGUCGUUCUCAUUCCUAAACCCAGCCAUGGGAUGAGACCUCUCACGGUGCUUAACGUGGCCUGGCGCAUCGGAGCUAAGGCGGUUGCCAUGUCUCUGAGGGGUUGGACUACUUCGUGGGCCAGCUGCCGCACACUGGGCGGAGUCAGUCGUCGGUCCACACGUGACGUCUACCUGCAGGUGUUGGAAUCGCUGGACUGCGACGAGAAUUGCUACGUGCAACAGGACCUAAGCAAGUUCUUUGACAGCGUGCAGGUGCCUCAGUUGCUCCUCACUUUGGAGCGCUUCGGUGCCCCCAGCACUUUGCGGGAUUUGGUGCGUGGCUUCUACGACUCACACUUCCGGGUCUUCUCCUACAUGGGCACAUGUGGCAAGCGUUGGAGGCGCAUCACAUCGGGGAUUGCUCAGGGGUGCCCCCUUAGUCCUGUUCUCGUCGCCACUGUGAUGGCUACGUGGAGUAUCUGCGUCGAAGGCACUGGCAACUCCACUCCUGGCGCUGUGCGCACGGUGUCCUUCGUGGAUGAUCGUCUGGUGUGGUGCGCUUCCGCUGAUGUCUUGAGACAUCAGCGGAGCCAUGCUGGUGCCGCUUUGGCAGCCUCUUUCAAUUACGAGGCCCACGACUUCCUGGACCUCUUGGGCAUCCGCAUCACCUUGCACGCUGGUCAGGUUCCGGUGGUGGGCCGCUUCGAGCUUUCGAGGGCGAGGCGCUUGAUCCACUUCAUCGGGGUCACGCCGGCAGCACUGGAGGAGGACCUUGUCAAGCUCAACAACGAGGCCACGUGGCUGUUGGGCACUCGCAAUGUCGCCGAUGCUGCCAGGGUGGUCUUGUGCGAGGUGGCUGGUUGGGAUGCUUGGCCUUCUUUCGCUUACCAGAAGUCUGCUUUGGCUGAGGCCAUUCGCUUGGCGUCCACUUCUCUUGACUGGAUUGAGGACGCCCCGCUCACCUUUGUCUGCAGAAAGUGGUACGACUUGUUGCCUGUCACCAACGAGGUGCUCAGGGCCUUAGGUUGGUGGACCAAUCCGGCUGGCACGCACCUUUUCCGGCGCGACUCGGUCGGUGAUCUUCGCCAGUUUCAGUUGGGCGUUGACAACAGAGAGGUUAUCCUUGAGUGGCUUCGCGAUGUGCAUCGUAGACUGCGGCUUGCCUCUUGCAGUCGUGUUUGCAGGUCGCUUCAUCGUGAUCCUCAGCCGGAUUUGGCGCAAGGUCUCGACCUGCCAGGGCCUCCUCCCGAGUCGUUGUGCCUCUUUCAAGGGCAUGUGAAGGCUUGGAAAAGGGCUCGUGACUCUGUGGACAGGGCUACUGCUUUGGCUGGUGGCUGCUCCUCGUGGUACAAGGUGAAGCGGGACUACACCAGUUCCCUUCCUGCUGCUUCGCAGAUUCGGUGCUUGUGUGGGCUGCGACAGCCGUCAAGGCCACACUUGAUGUGGGCGUGCCCACGCACGGCCGAGUUCCGAGCUGGUUUGGAGGACCCUCCCACGCGGCUUGAGGAGCGCCUCCCUGCGUGGUGGACUAUAUACCAGGACUACAUCCAAGACAUUGCGGCAGCCAUCGACGAGAAGUUGGCGACUUCCUCGGACUCCGUGCUGUUUGUCGCCACCGAUGGUAGCGUUGUCGACACUGUGGCGUCGUGGUCCCUGGUGUUUGAGGAUGAGCAGCGCUUUGCUCAGGGUGUUAGAGCUGAAGAUCAGACUCCGCAUCGCGCUGAGCUCGAGGGUCUUCUUGCCCUCCUUCGCGCUCUGGACCUUUGCAGGGGUCCGGGCGCCCUGCACGUGAUCUCUGAUUGCAAGGCCGCUCUGCAGGUUGCGGAUGGUGGAGGGCUCGAGCGCAUCAUGGCCAGCUUCUUCACUGCCCUUCGUGGCCGUCUCCGUGAUCGGUUUGACGUUCGCUUCUGGAAGACGGCUGCUGAGUGGGAGCGAUCGGCGCUCACUGCACUGCGGGCAGUCGCGCGCGUCUGGAUGGACGCCUAA